AAUGUCAAAAAUAAUGGCUCACAAAGAGAAGGGCGCAACGCAAAUCUCCAAGAAAAGUAGCAUGGACGGUAGGAUGAAGGAGGUGCACUACAGAGGCGUAAGGAAGAGGCCGUGGGGUCGGUACGCGGCGGAAAUCCGAGAUCCAGGCAAGAAAACCCGGGUUUGGCUAGGCACGUUCGAUACCGCCGAGGAAGCUGCAAGAGCGUACGACAAGGCGGCGCGUGAGUUCCGUGGAUCCAAGGCGAAGACUAAUUUUCCAACCCAGGAGGAGGCGAAACAGAGUCCUAGCCAGAGCAGCACCGUGGAGGAGUCCUCCAGCCCACCGGCGGAGCGUGAGGUGAUCCGCGGUGGUGGGAUAGUGGGGAGAUUCCCCUUCUCGUUCCACCACCACCACCACCAGCAGCAGCAGCAUAUGGUGGGUUUCGGGAGUGGUCCGCUGGACGGUGUUACUCACGCGCGGCCGGUUUUAUUUUUUGAUGCGUUUGGGAGGGCGGAGGUCGUGGGCCAGGUGUACCCCGUGGGGUUUGGCCCGGUCGGAGUUGAGUUGAGAAUGGGUUUUGGAGGAGUUCAGAGUGAAUCGGAUUCCUCUUCCAUCGUCGAUUGCAAGCCGAUCAGAGGCCACGAUUUUGACCUCAAUCUCCCUGCUCCAGUGGAUACUUAAUAGUAUAAUUCCUAAUUUUCUUAGCAUUUACGGUGAAAUUUAAUGUUAAUUUUCAUACCGAGAGUAGAAGGAAAAAACUGGAGAAAAGAAAAAAAUGAAUGAGGGAAAAACUGUUUUACAUUUGGUUUAUCCUCGGAUGUACAGAAGUAGUUUAGGAACGUAAAUCAGUAAUGCCUUGCCUUGUACUACUGUUAUUUCUUUCUUAACUAAGAGGAACAAAUAUAAAUUUCUCAUAUUAUU